CAGCAUGGACACGGCGCCAAUCACGGGCCUGGACGAGUUGGACAAACACCUUGAUGACCUCGUCCAGGAUCCCACCCUGCCACUGAUCCCAAAACUCUUUGACGAUGUAGAGCUUCAACUGACAGAAAGCAACAUCCCGCCAUUGAUACCCCGAUUCCUCCCAAGACUCACCAUCAUCCUCAAGCAAUACGCGCAGGACCCCGCCAUCCUCGCCAGCUUAACCAUCAAGCUCCUCGGCCCGGUCUCAUUCACCCAGGUCCUCCAGCUCGCCUCGCAAGAUUCCCUCAUCCAAGCCCUCGACUCCCCCGCGCCAGCCGCCAACCUCCUCGCCAUGACCGUCCUGCACAAAGCGGCAGCCAACCCCGCCGACGUCGCCAUCCUCUCUCUCAUGAUGCCUCUAAUAGGCGCAUUCAUCCGCCGGUGGCUCGCCGCACCGCAAGUCGAGGUGGGCCAGAAAGGCGGCAAAGUCCUUGGCGACCUGCUCGACAUUGACUGCGAACUGCCCCCGCCACUACCACCAGCCUCAGGACCAGGUGGCGACACUGACCUCGUGCUGCGCAAAACCCCCGGCCACGGCAAGCUCUGGCACCUGCUGUUUAACGAACCAGCCAUGUACCGCCUGCUGCUCGACCUCUGCGCGGGCCGCCACCCCGACACGGCCGGCAACGCGCAUCAACUGUCGCUCGCCCAGGGCCGGCUGCUCCGGAUCCUGCCGCGGCUUGCCGCACUUGACUUUCGCGCCGUCAGCCAGUCGCAGAUCACCGCGCCCAUGGUUGUGCAUCUGACAAACGGCCACAGCCAAGAUCAAGACAACAGCGACUCAGUUCCUUCCGGCCCCGACCCGCACCCGCGACCGGGCGAGGGCCUGCUACAAUUCGCCGCUCUGCGCAUGGUGCAGCGGGAAGAUCUGCUGAUGCACCUUAGCCUGGUUGACUUUUUCGAGACAUUUGUCGGGCUCAUGCGGGUGACGGAACACACCGCGCUGAAGCUCGAGACGAUAAGGGGAUUGCUGAGCAAGGCGACGGCCGGGGACGAGGUGCUCAGGGAUGCCCUGCUGAGUCUGCCCGAUCGGGCGGUGGAGGAGGAGGCGGACGGGUUGAGGGCGUGGUUGAGCGAGGUCAUGCCCGGGGAGGCGGUUCGGUUGGCUAUGCGGUGAGAGGGUGUGGGUGGGGAUGUGUGAUGAAGGAUGCUCCGACUAUACCGUAUGGUUGAUAUGGCUUCCCACUUAGCUUGAUCCCUACCUGGCAGCGCGUGCAGUUGUAACCGGUCCUACUCACACUCCUACCUUCUCCCGCGGCAGCCGGACGAAGUGGCACGUGCCGUCAGUCAUGGCACGUCAGCGGUGAAGCCUAGGGUAGCGUUGCGGACAACAAAGGUACAGCGACAUUGCCAUCUGGAUUCCCGGGACCACCAAAAUGCAGCACCGCGUACUGCGCUGAGUGUCAAGCGUCGGGGAAAAGACAAAAAGCAACUUGAAUUCCCCGGCUCUGGCCGGGUCAAAGCACGGGCAGAUGCAAACUCCGCCAUGAAAACAAUAUAGCAAACAGAAAGUAAUAAUAGUAGUACACAU